AUGAAUAUAGCAACGGUGCUGCAAGUGGGUUUGCCUUCCACUAGGGUAAUGGCUCCUCCUGCUGCUCUUACAAUUCCAACUUCAACACCACUUGCUUUCCGUCCUCCUCUGCUGCUCACAAGAAGAAGAUCAAUGGCCAUGGCCAUCGCCUUUGCCAAGCCCGAUAAGAUCAAUGGCUUCACUUCCUACAGUGAUCCCUGCCUUGAUCUGUUUUUCAACGUGAAAAAACCACAAAAAGAAGUAGAAGACGACGAUGACGAGCAGAAGCAGGCCUCCCUAGAUUCACAUUAUUCCCUCAAUCUUCUGCCGCAACUGCUGGAGGUAGCCUGGUCCCACGAUCCCCUAACCACCCUCAAGCUCAUCUUCAACCUCAACUCUUGUGUACGGGAAAAUGGUACACCGACGCCUUCUACACGGCGGCGUUUUGCCUCCACAAGAACCACCCCAAGACGCUAG